AUGAACGUUCAAAAAUGUAAGGCCUGCGGAUCAACGGAUAUAGAUAAUGGCUAUUCAACAAGCAGCAUAUGCUGCAGGAAAUGUGGUACGCUGAAUGAAGAAUUGUUCAUCACGUCAUCACUUAAUUUUACCGAAAAUAACGGAGCAUCACAGCUGAACGGACAGUUUGUACGAAUGACAGAUACGUACGCUAAAGUGGGCGGUAACAUAAUAAGAACAACGAACCAGCAAAUUCAAAACCAGAUUAAAAACAUAUGUGCGUCUCUGGGUCUCUCGGAUGAAGUCGCACAGAGCGCACACAGAUGGUACAAGCUGUCUCUGCAAGGAAAUUUGACAAGAGGAAGAAACAUUCUGUACACACUCAGCGCUUGCAUUUAUAUUGUGUGUCGGCAGGAAAAAACACCACACCUGUUGAUAGACUUUGCGCAUUUACUCGACUUGGAUGUUUUCAAAAUCGGUAAUAUUUUUGUGAGAAUCGUUGUGUUCUUGAACGUG